UUGCACAAAAGUGGUAUAAAUAUCUACGAAUAUAAUGAUGAGUUGCUGGAUCCCAACCCAUUUCCUAAUUUUACUGUUUGAAUGUCAAAAAAGAUGACAGUUCCUAAAGUGGGGGUUUCUCAAUGGCUGGAACAAAUAAAGAACACACAAAAGAAGGGAGAAGAUCAAGGCAUGGCAUCUCAUGUGCAUCCAUAUAUCUUCACCAUACCAGAGCCCCUGUGUAUUGAAAGGCCAGACGCGUAUAUGCCACAGGGGAGAUAAGGAACAGCUACAAUGAUGAAAUUGAAUGUGGAGAUGAAGUAUUAGGAUGAAUGAUGGCUCGAGAUGCUGUAUUUAUCCUGGAGUUUAUUGGUUGUUAUGACCAAUAUGAAAGCCCUAGAAUUCAACACACAAACCCUUAUUUUCAGAACAUGGAAGCUGUUUUUCACCCAGAAAGGAAGAGCCCUUUGUUCUUCCCACUUCAGGCUGAUAUAUUUAAGCUGGAGAACCAAAUCCCACUUUUCAUUUUGAAAAAAGUUUUGGAAUGGCAAACUGGGUCAGAUAGUCAAGCUUUAGACAGGCUUCAAAUGACUAUUUCAAGUGCCUGUAAAAAUUUCUCCCCUUUCAAGCAUGUUGGAGAUUCUUAUCGUUCUUAUACACGAGAAUCCUACAAUGAUUUGCUUGAUGAGAGACACAUACUGGAAUGCCUUUAUAAUUUCAUCGUGCCGAAGACAAAUCCUGCUCGGACUAGUGUCACCAUCGGAGAUGAUCAUAAUGAAAUUAUACCCAGGAGCGUUGUUUUUAAGUUUCUUCAUCAGAUGACAUCAAGAUUUAGGGGGCUUUUGUCUCAAAAAUCACGUAAAGCUGAAAUAAAUCUCCCAGCAGCAGCAGAAUUACACAGGAGAGGGGUGAAAUUUUCUCCUUUCACUUGGGCAUCCGAAGAGAUAAGGUUUGAUAGAGCCAGCUCUACAUUGUUCCUCCCUUGUAUAGAGAUGGAUUACAAAACAGAUGUUUUCUUGAGGAAUAUGGUGGCACUGGAAGCAUUCAUGAAGUGGAAAAGUAGAGUGUUUACUUGCUAUGCAGACCUGAUGGACAGAUUGGUCGACACUCCUAAUGAUGUUGCAGUUCUGAAGAAAGAUGGUCUCAUCCAUAGUAGUUUAGGAAGUGAUAAAGAGAUAAGCAUUCUAUGGAAUGGUAUCCGCAGAUCAAUAUGGAGGAGCCCAUAUGAUCCUAUCGACAAUACAAUCAUGGCUGUAAAUGAAUAUUACAGAAGUAGGUAUGGAGUUCUAUUUGGUGAACUCGUACAAGAAUAUUUUUCAAAGCCAUGGCGAGCUGCAUCAGUGAUUGGAGCAUGCACUUUGCUCAUUCUGACUUUCGUGCAGACAUUAUUAUCAUAUUUUCAACUUUAUCAACAAUGUGAAUGCAAGUGCACAUAAAUUCCCUUUACAGUAUUUCAUGCUUGAGGCUUCAAUUCCUGCUUUCUGUAAUACAUUCCAGGUUGUGAGUUCAAGGCCUAGCCAGUCCAGCUUUGUGUAGGUCAUGAACACCAUUUAUAUAUAUAUAAAUAUAGAUAUAAAUUAA